CCCAGCGCGCCUGUGCUUCGGGCUUGUUUUGGCGGUGACGCGGCGGUGCAGCCGGCCGAGCAGCAAAUGAGUCAGCAGCGCCGAAAGCGUCGCUUAUUUCUCAUGUGGCAAUAAAACAAGCUCUGUUAGUGAAAACUUCAAGCGUUUGGUUAACACAUUAUCCGUGAAAAAAAAAAAAAUAAUGGCGGUACCCGCAGCCCAAAAUCUGCAGCUGAACUCGGGAAGACGGAGCAGCCCUGUGAGCUCGUCUUCGGAAAAUAACAUUCACAUCGACGAGAAAGAAUUGGAAAACAUCACAAACAACGUUGAAGACGGGACUUCACUCCCGCUACAUUCCCCAUGGACCUUCUGGCUCGAUAGGUCUUUACCAGGGACCACAGCAGCCGAGUGUGAAUCAAAUCUGAAAAAGAUCUACACAGUGCACACUGUUCAGAGUUUCUGGAGUGUUUACAACAACAUCCCUCCAGUGUCAUCUCUCCCACUGAGGUGUAGCUACCACUUAAUGCGAGGAGAAAGAAGACCACUAUGGGAGGAGGAAAGCAAUGCAAAGGGAGGUGUGUGGAAGAUGAAAGUACCAAAGGAGAGCACAUUAGCUGUAUGGAAAGAGUUACUGCUGGCUACUAUUGGUGAACAGUUUGCUGACUAUUGUGCAUCAGAGGACGAAGUCGUCGGUGUAAGUGUCAGUGUGCGAGACAGAGAGGACGUGGUUCAGGUUUGGAACGGAAACGCAUCCUUUGCUAACGAGGCAAACAUUUUAGGGAGAAUCUACGAGCUCCUUCCACAGAUAUCUUUUAAAGCAGUAUUUUAUAAACCGCACGAGGAGCACCAUGCGUUCGAAGGCGGUCGUUCGAGACAUUAGCAGACUUUUGCACAUUCUGUGUCUUUCCUUUUCACUGUCUCGUCCUUCAACCGUCCUUAGAAAACGGACUGAAAAAAAAAAUAUAUAUAUAUAUCACACCUGAUCAGAAGUGUUUAACCGCUUUACCUUUGCAGGAACUGAAAUAGGUUAUGUUACAGCUCAGUUCUAAUUUUUUUAGGUAUUUUAAACUUAGGCUACAGAAAAUCCCUGUGGCUAAUAACUGAAAUGUGGUCUUGGCUAAUAAGUUUCUCACAAAAAUGAUAUUAGGCAAUAUCGAUAUAGUUCACAUUGAAGUGGAAUAUGUUUUUAUCAUAGUAGGGCAAUGUUGCCGUGAUCUUUUUGUGUUUUUGUUCAGUUUCUUUUUCUUUUUCUUUUUGUGUGUGUGUGUGUGUGUGUUAAAUGUUACCCAGUGACAUAAUUGCUGCUUUCUCCCGCAUCGGCCGUGUUAGAAACCAGACAUUUCCUCACAGAUUUCAGCCGCCUUUUAGAUGAGACAGUAGUACCUGAGCUUUUGUAUGUUGUAUGCGAACAUGUUGCACAUUUUUGGAAAUUUUUUGUUUUUGAUUCAGCCUGAAAUGUAAUCCUGUAACCUUUUCUACCCCCCACCACCCCCCCCCCCCCAGCCCGAUUCCAUUUGUUAUGUUUUCAUCCUUUUCAGGCACCUUUCUGUUUAUUUGGAUCUCAGAUGAAAUGUACUAUUUUGUAUUUACGUCUUUUUCGUCUUUAUGUGGGAGUUUGGUGUGUGAUGCAGUUCGAUUAUUUCAUAGUAUGAAAUUACUAAUCUAGAAUGAGCUAGGACAAUUUUGUAGUAAUUUAUGCACUUAUUUAACAGCCCUCUCUUUAGCCAUACUGUACGAAUGGUGACUUUCUGAAAUUGUUAUGCUGUAUCAUGUUUGAAAAUGGCAGGAGUUAUAAUGAUGAUGAUGAUGAUGAUGAUGAUACUGUUCGGUUAUAACACUGAUAAAUACCUGUGUAAACAUUUAAGCCGAUUGAAUGGAUCUGUUUAGUUUUUCUGCACCAAAGAGAUUUUUUCCCCCUCACUUUCAUGCUGUAAAUUCUAACAAGCCCCACUCCUCGUGUCUGAUGUGAUGCGUUUAGAAGUGCACAUUAGAAUCGAACAGCUUCGGUCUUGCCAUACGUGUAGUUAAGUCUAAACAGUGUUUACCGGUCUUUGUCAGACAUCCAUCCAGUUUUAGAUCGCCUUUCAUGUUAGCGUUUUUGUUUUUAACAUUAAUUUGUCAAAUCCAAAAAAAAGAAAAAAACAAAACAAAAACUCACUACAAGAGGACCUGGGACUAAAUUCUGACCUGGGUCACUAAUGUGAAAAUGCACUGGAAGCACAACUGUGGGUUCGUCCUUCGGGCACGUAUGUAGAAGCGGAUAUGCGCAUGCAGCUGACUUUUCAUAUGUACUAUAAAUCUUUUUAUGAAACACAAGUACAGAAAUGGAUAUGUUUAUUUUUCUGAGCAUUCUUUGUCGGUAAAUUCAGGGGCCCCCUCCCCCCAGUCAGGAUGCGAGACCUCAAACGGAUUGUUAAUCUUCUGGAUCGGUGCCUUGUGUUCUCCCAGGGUUUCACUCAUAGAAUAUUCUGUUUUAUCUUUUAUUGUAUUUAAUCAGUUACAAUGUAAAUUGAUUUUUUUUUUUUUUUUUUGCUUAUAGGUUUUGAGAUAUUGAAUAAAGACGCAUUUUUGAGGACAUAGAAAAGUGUUU